AUGCAGGAUCCUGCAACGCAUAAAGAGCGCGAGAAGAUCUGUAAUCACUGCGUCAUGUAUUGCAUUCGGCAAAUAGACAUUUGCUAUGGGGGCCCCUUUGGUGUCAGAACGGGGCUGGUGGAACAGCGGCGGCCAAGAGAGGAAGCCCUCGCGAGGAUUGACAACAUCGAGGAGAACGAUGACGUCGACGAUGUCCCUCUGAUGUCCGAGGGUACUGCAGCGGAUGCCACCAUCAGCCGUGACGUUAGACAGUCAAUAGUCCUUGACGGCGAAGGCGAAGGUCAUGAAGAAAUACCUCUCAUCCAUCAGGCACCAGAAGCAAUGAUCUCAAGAGGCUUUGGAGAGACAAUCAUCCUCGAUGAGGAGGAGGUGUUUGUUCCCAAGGAACAGCCUACCGUGGCUGCCCAGCAUCGUUCCAAGGACCAAGAUUGGUACGACCAACAGUGGUGA